CCGGCCCCGCCUGGCAGCGCGCAACCGCGGUUUCUAGGCAACUGGCGAACGCGGUUGCCGGGCAUCCUGCCGCGGGCCGACCGAGGCUGGGCAUCUCGGCAGCGGGAGAGCCCUCCGCAGCAUGGACGACGACGACGAGGAGGAGGAGAUCACCGCCGUCACGCUGCGCGGCAAGCCCCGGCCGCCGCCCAUCGCGGCGCUGUCCGCCUUCAGCUACGUGCCGCCGCGGCGCCUGGACCCCAAGGAGCACAGCUACUACUACCGUCAGGGCCAGACAGGAAUUAUUUCCCUCUAUGACUGUGUUUUUAACAAGAACCCAGGUUAUAAUCAGAAAUUGCACCGAGAUGACAGAGAACAUGCAAAAAGCCUGGGACUUCAUGUAAACGAGGAGGAGCACGAGAGGCCGGUCGGGGUGCUGUCGUCGUCUGUGCACGGGAGGCGCAUCCACCAGCCGGUGGAGCCGCUGGACCGGGACCACCAGCGCGUCAACCACGUGCAGGCGGACUUCUACCGCAAGAACGACAUCCCCAGCAUCAAGGCGCCCGGCUUCGGGCACGUGUCCCCCGCCUGACGCCCACCGCGGUCAGGUCCCUCGGGCCACGCAGGCGCCAGCGGACAGGAGGCAAUGGCAGCGAUGGCCCGCGGGCGCCUCCACCCUCGGGCAACCGCGCCUGCGGGGCCGGAAAACUUCAGAGGACAUAUUGCGAGGGCAGGUCUGCUGUGGGCGCCAGAAUAAAGUGAAAACUGUUCCCCCUUGAGAGUGGUCUGGUUCAGUUUUGUUCGUGGCCACUCCACGUUUGCAAGACUCUUUGGGGGAGCGGUGAGCAGUCCCUUUUCUCAACCGUUAUGCAUACUGCUACUGGCUGAAAAACGGGCAAUACUGCUUUUCAAACUCUCUUCGAGAGGCGAUGGAAUGAAGCCGCCUUUUGGCACAGUUGAACCCUAGAUACUACAACAUUGCCCACCAGAAGUCCCAGCUGCACAUAACAGAAUUUUGCACCAUGGAGGUCAAUAGUCCUAGUAAGGAUGGGUGGCCUGGGUGGUCAGCAAUGCUGCUGUCACUCCUCAAUUAGGAAGCAGUCAAAGGUCAUGCAAAGAGAGGACUUGGAGGUUCAGCGGACUUGGGUAAAAGUCUGGCUCCUGCAUUUUCCAACUGCAUGGUGCAGGGCAAAUUAUUUCACCUGUUUGAGCCCACAUGUCCUCUCUAUAAAGUGGGAGUUGUGAACUGUGGAGUUUGUUUGGGAAUCAUUUACUUUUUGUGUGGUCAUAAUUUAUUCAAUCACCAUAGGGGCUGUGACUGUUAGUUGGGGCAGUUUUCUUUCUGGAAGCAGCUGCUUUUAACCUAGGCUGGAAAUGUUUACUUUGGAGAUGAUUUGAAACAUACUCAAGUAUUAAGAUGUUGACUAUAUUUUUAAUGAGUGGAUCCCUUGGAAGAAAUCAUCCCUCCUGCACGGUGAUUAAAUUUUUCACUGCUUAGCAGUUAGUGGGCAGGUGACCUAAUUAAGUUCAGUACUGAUCCUCCAUCACUGGUUUUAGUGUUUGGAUUCUCUAAGGACUUAUGACACUGAAUUGCUGGCAAUUUCAAGGCUGAGUGACUCUUAAAUAUUUUAUUCUUUGGAAAAUGUGUUUUCACUGUAGAUGCCUUUUAUCUUCACUUUUGUCCCCAAAUAGCAGCAGUUUAUAUGGAAUGCCUUUGGGUGCAUUAAGCCAUAUUUAUACUAAAAUAGUAGGGAAUAUACAUAGUUUGGAUUUUGGAAAUCCUUAUAAAUUACUCUCUCUUCAUUCUAGAUCACUAAGAAAGACAAAGCAUCUUUAAGAAAAGGCUUCAUCUGAAAGUCACUGCAAUAAAUUGUCAAACUAAAUCAUUUUCAGUUAUUUUAAGUCAGAUCCAACUCUCUUAAUGUUCCACUACUUUUGAAAAGCAGGGCCUCAGUGGUAUUAUGUUUAGUACACAUGGUGUCGGGGAGAACAGUGUAGCACAGAGAAGGCACAUAGUGGAUCUGUGGCACCUUACUACACUGAUGGACAGUGACUGCAGUGGGGAAUGGGUGGGGACUUGAUAAUAUGGGUAAAUGUAGUAACCACAUUGUUUUUUCAUGCGAAACCUUCGUAAGAGUGUAUAUCAAUCAUACCUUAAUAA